AUGGAUCCUAGUGAAUGUUGUUACUAUACUUGUGACGAGUGUGGAGUCACUCUCGAUGUUGAUUGUGUGCUUGGAGAGUUUUCUUAUCUCAAGGUAGGACACAUAAGCCCUGCUCUUGAUGUAGUUGCCAACAAUGGUCUUACUCGGCCUUUAUGCAGCGGAUGUAAAUCACCAGAUUCCCGUCAGGUGGAUUGGAUCCGGUUCAAGCCAAGUUCCUCUUCCAAGGUCCCUGUGGAGAGACUAGUUGCUGAUAUGGAUGAUAUGGCUGGGAUGGAAACUAGUGAAACAGAGGACAAGAAGACGACUUAA